GCUUUGAUAUAACACUGUAACUAAAACCCUAACUUGGGGAAAAACAAAAAAUCCCCUUUGGAUUUUCUUCAGCCAUGGCUCUCCUCCUCCGCCUGAGAACACGAACCACAACCCCCUCUUUAACAACCCCUUCUCCAUUCCACCACCGCCUCAUUUCCACCUCCAGCUCCGGCGGCGGCGACGACGACGACCCCAAAUCCAAAUCUCCAUUCGCAUCCUAUUUCAGAGACGUCAGGGACAAACUCAAGCAACGCCCACCCCCCUCCCCCUCCAACCCACCCUCCUCCUCCAACUCCAAAAUGGCUUCCAUCAAUGAGAUCAUGGAUAACCUCUCCGAGUUCCGUCGCCGGACCUCCGCGGCGGCGGCGCCGCCGCCGCAGCAGCAGCAAUUCUCGUUCCAGAAUCUCUACAAUAAAAACGUGCUGGGGAAAUCCGGCCAGUCCUCCGAUUCCCAGCCCGCGAAGCCCGGCGGCCAGCAUUCCUUUGACGCGAUUCGCGACCGCUUGCAGCAGCUUGGCAGGGACCAACCGUCGAAGGGGGGGUUCUUGGGCUCGCCGAGACCGCCGAAGACCUCAUUCGUCGGCGGGACGGGUGAGUUGCCGGAAUCGGUGUUCGGCCGCGAGAUGAGAGCAAGGGGGAGUGGGGGUGACUUUUACGCCAGGCCAUAUUCGCAACGAGACUUAGGGGAGAAGUUGGUGGCGUUGAGGCCUGAGGUGAAAGGAAAAGAGUGGUUUUCUAUCGGGGAGUUGAAUGAGAGAUUGAUGAAGUUGAGGGAGAUGGAGAUGAAUGAUGAUAAGAGCAAUUUGAGCAGUGCCAUGAUGGGAGCCCUGAGUAAGAUAGAUAAAGAUGAAAAGUCAAAGAAACCUUCACUGCAGAGAAUUGAUAUGUUGGGCCUGUUGGGUGGGACUCCAGACUAUUUGUUGAAGCCUCCUAAAGAGCAUCUUGUUGAAAAGUACUUCCAUCCUGAUAACUUGUCCUCUGCUGAAAAGUUGAAAAUUGAGCUCACAAAGGUUAGAGAUGAGUUUAAAAUGUCGGAGUCAGAUUGUGGUUCUGCUCGUGUCCAAGUUGCACAACUCACAACUAAGAUUAAGCAUCUAUCAUCAGUUCUGCACAAGAAGGAUGUGCAUUCUCGUAAAGGCCUGGUAGCAAUGGUUCAGAAGAGAAAAAGUUUACUGAAAUAUCUCAGAAGAACCGACUGGGAUUCCUAUUGUUUUGUUAUCUCUAAGCUAGGUUUACGUGAUAAUCCUGAUUAUAGUCACAAAAUUCGGACUAAAGCUCAAUCCAAUGAGAAGGACCCUGGUCAGAAAAAGCGGUCUAAAGCUCGAUCCAAAAAGAAGAAGACCGCCAAGGUGGCCAGUUGAGAGGGUCACUUAUCUGGUAUUUUUUUUGAACAAAUUUGGAACUAAAAAAAAUGACAAAGCUGGUUGUUGGAAGGUAGCAUGGUAGUCCUGGUUUAUCCAGUUCUACAAGCCAUGUCAAUCAGGAUCUGACUUUUUUAAACCCAAAUUGGUGUAGUGGCUGAAUCACCCGUUCUCCAGGCAUGGUUCUUACAAUUAGUUUCAACAUAUCAAUUCCUGAAGAAAUGGGUUACUCUAUUUUUCUUUAUCUGUAAGAGGGUGAGAUUAAUAUUCUGUAAUCAGCCUAUUUUAUUAUUUUUACCAGAUUUGGGUUGAAUUUAUGACAUGUUUAAUUUCCCAUACAUUAUUUAUUUUGUAAGAUUCUGGUUGUCUUGGCUGGAAUAAAUAUAUCUUGUAUCA